AUGGGAUCAAUAUCUUAUGCAUAUCUAAGCACUCAAUCUUGUCCUUCCGACACUAUGUACCUUCCGAUUAUUCAAAUUCCAAGAUCUGAUUUUUCAUUGCGCCCAGAAUGCAAUUUCGUUUUUCAAAAAUAUGAAAUUUCUACCGCUUCUCUAAUCUUUUUGGAUGAAAUUUCUGACCAUCUUUCAAUUAUUUCAAAAUCAUAUAAUCUCAGCUUAAUCCUUCUAGAUCAUAAUAAAUUGAUAGGUAUUUGGAACCAGUUUGCGGAUAAAGUUGAUACAAUUUUAGACCAUCAUCAAGAUGAAGGUCUGUAUCUUAAUAUUAGGGAACGAUAUAUUGAAGGAGUUGGAUCCGCUACAUCAUUAGUGGUUUUGAAGUUUAAAGAUACACAAAAUUGGAAUAAGAUUAUUGCCAAUUUAUUAUUAUCUGCAAUUUUGGUCGAUACUGCACUAUUAGACUUCUCACAAGGCAGAACAACUCAAAAAGAUCAAGAAGCUGUAGAUUUAUUGUUGGAUAUCUUAGAUCCUUCAGAUCCAAAAAUAUUUAUUAAAGAUUAUUAUGAUGAGAUUCAAAAUGCUAAAUCUAACAUCACUCAUCUCUCGAAUUUUGAUUUGUUGCGGAAGGAUUAUAAAGAAUAUAAUUUAGAAUGGACCACAAAAAAUGAAACAAAAAUUUGUGCUAUGGGAAUUAGUUCUGUGGUAUGGACAUUAAAAGAUUGGAUUCUUCGUGAAGGUGGUGUUGAGAAGUUUAUAGAAGCAGUUGGAAAUUAUAUUCAGGAAAAAAAAUUAGAUUUGGGAAUUAUCAUGUUAGCAUUUGAUCAUAAAGGCGAUGUGGGAUUUAAAAGAGAGAUGGUAAUUUAUUCAAAAAAAGGACCAUUUUGUCAAAAGGAAGUUUUAGAAAGGUUUGAAAAGAUUAUUGGAUUGAAUGAGAUUAAAUAUUUUGAGAAUGGAAAAGGUGAUAGAGAAAAAGAAGAAAGUACAAUUAAAUAUUAUGAACAAAAAGAUAUUAAAAUUUCAAGAAAAAAAGUUUAUCCUAUUAUUAAAGACAUGUUUUUAGAAGCUUAG